AUGAUUCGUUGUCACCGUAUUGACGUUAUCGCGUUGAUUGAGACUCACAUUUUGGGGGAGAAGGCCCAGAAGAUCUGUGAUAGGCUGAGAUUAGGAGCAAGCGAUAGGGUUGAGGCCCAAGGGUUCAAGGGUGGUAUUUGGCUUGUUUGGAACCCCGAUGAGAUCGAUGUAAGGGUUCGUCAUAAGAAUACCCAUUUCAUUAGUGCUGCGGUUAGUAAAGGUGACUUUCAGUUUCAACUCAUUGUUACUUACGCUCCGCCGACUGUCCAUAGACGACGUAAAUUUUGGGCUGCACUGUCUAACGAGAUCGGCUGCUGUAGGGGUCCGGUUCUUGUGGGAGGUGACUUCAAUUGUAUUGUGGGAUUGGAAGAAAGACAAGGAGGCUCAGGAGUCCUUCAUCCAGAUUCCUCGAAAUUUCGAGAGUUGAUCUCAAACAAUGGCCUCAUCGACAUGGGCUUUGCGGGACAAAGUUUCACGUGGUCCCGAGGGCUUACCCCGAGCACUCUUAUCUCCAAAAGACUCGACCGUUUCCUUAUGAAUCUCGAAGUUUGCAUCAAAUGGCCGAACGCGAGUGUCCGCCAUCUUCCUAAGUUUGGUUCGGAUCAUACGCCACUUUUGCUUAGCCUUGAGCCUAAAUGCCGCUACGAUAAAAGUCGUCGGCCUUUCCGUUUUGAAAUUGCAUGGCUUACUCAUCCCGACUUCUUGGAAUUUAUUCACCAGAAUUGGAAGAGGGACUGUCCUGCUAAUAUUGCCUUGGCUGCACUGAAGGACAAACUGCUGGACUGGAAUAGGAAAUGCUUCGGCAAUAUACAUGAGAAGAAGACUUUGCUUCUUGCUGAACUUGAUAAGACACAAAUGGAGAUUAAGAAAGGGCCUACGUCUGAACUAAUAGCAAGGGAGGAGCAGUAA